AUGGGAAGAAAAGGAGGAAGCUGGUUUUCCUCUGUCAAGAAAGUUUUCAAGUCUUCUUCAUCUUCUAGAGACACGACAGUGCCCGUCCCCACUGCGGUGCAGCCAGACAAAAAGAAGGAAAACCGAGAGAAAUUGGGGAAUGAAGUAGCAGAGGAGGUGUCAUUUGAGCAUUUUCCUGCUGAGAGUUCGCCCGAUGAUGUAACCAAUGAGGAGAGUACAACAUCAACUCCUGCACGAGACGAUAGAACUCACGCGAUUGCUGUUGCAGAAGCCACCGCAGCAGCUUCUGCUGCUGCUGUUGCAGCUGCUCAAGCAGCUGCUAGAGUUGUACGAUUGGCCGGUUAUGGACGCUAUAACAAGGAAGAGAGAGCAGCAACAUUCAUUCAAUCACACUACAGAGGAUACCUAGCUCGACGUGCUUUGCGCGCGUUGAAGGGGUUAGUGAGGCUGCAAGCAUUAGUGAGGGGACACAAUGUGCGGAAGCAGGCUCAAAUGACAAUGCGGUGUAUGCAAGCGUUGGUACGGGUGCAGGCGCGAGUGAGAGCGCGACGACUCCAGUUGAGCCACGAGAGUUUUGAGAAGGAAAUGGAUGAAUAUGAAGAAGAAGAAUUUGUGAGACAACAAGAGAGGACUUCAACUAAGCCUAUGAGUCCUAUGAGAAGAUCAUCAGGCAUUAAUAAUAAUAACAAUAAUAAUGGUUUGGAUCAUAACAAACGUCAAAGUAGCAAAAAAGCUAAAGAAAGUGAUUUGAAAAAACAUGAAGCUGCAAUGAAGAGGGAAAGAGCUCUUGCAUAUGCUUUCAAUUAUCAACAGCAACAGCAAAAGCAACAUCUACUACGAAGAGAUAAAAAUGGUGAAGAUGAUGUUGAUAUGAGAAGCUAUAAUCCUAAUGAUAAAAAUGAAAAAGCCCAAUGGGGUUGGAAUUGGUUGGAGCGUUGGAUGUCAUCUCAACCCUACAAUGCAAGACACUUAGGACAACGUGAAACCUCUUACAUGACACUCCCUUCAACAACAUCAACAACAACAGAUAACAUGUCUGAAAAAACCGUUGAAAUGGACAUGGUUGCAACACCAAGUAGGAACAAUUUCAAUAUGGGCUUAAUGGGCCAAGAUUUUCAUGAUGCAAGCCCAGCUUUCAAUAGGGUCCAUCAAAGACCACCAAGCCCGGGCCGACCUAGUUACAUGGCCCCAACUCAAUCUGCUAAGGCUAAGGUUCGGGUUGAAGGCCCAUUUAAGCAGAUGGUUUCAUCUGGGCCUUAUUGGAACACGUCUACGAAGGGAGGAUCUGUUAUUGGAUCGGGCUGUGACUCGUCUAGCUCGGGUGGUGGAACGGCUACUUAUCAGGCCCCGAGAAGCCCAGGCCCAAGAGUUAAUGGUGUUCGUUCGCAGUCUAAUCGGAUUGUGGGUAGUAGUCAAGAGUAUGUUGAGGAUUGGGCCCUUCCACUUGGAGCCCAUGGUUGGGCUUAA